AUGUCACAGCCAGCCGCUGUUCUUCAAUCUUACCGCAACCUUCUUCGUUCAUGCAAAUAUCUUUUUGCCAAUGACGUCCCACGACUCACUGCAGCACUCGCUGAAAUUCGUACACGCUUCCAUUCAGAUAAAUCACUCUCAGAACCUGAAGAAAUUGCAGAGAAGCUACAACUUGCUAAAGAUGUCAAUAUCAUUCUGCGCCAAAACGUGGUCCAGGGAGUUCAGGACUCGGCAGACCCAAAUAAGUAUCACCUCAAGAUCCAUAAGGAAACAGAACUCGGGUAUAAUGAUACGGUAAAAGAACCCAAAAUUACACCCCAAAAACCAAUCACUGGCAAAUCAAAACGUGCUCCAACAAAUCUCGGCAGUCGUUGUGGUGGCCAUUAA